UUUGGGUUGUGUUUAGGGUUUUGUAUUGUGGGUUUUUUUGGAGAAAACUGGACGUUGAUGGUGGAAAAAGUUGGGUCUUUUGGAUUUGAGAAGGAUAAUUGGUUUUGGGAGGCAGAUUGCUUUGGCUCUUGAGGUUUCGUGGUUGUGAUAGGGCCGUUGGUUGGGGUUUGCAAGCGAUUUUAGAGAAGGAUAAGGAGAGCAUUGUCUAAUUAUGCGAAGUUCAUGGGCGGAUUCUGUCUCUGCAGCUGAGAGCACAGCUGCAGGUUCAUCUGCCAAUAACGGGGUUGGUAGCACUUCACGUCCUGCAAAAGCUUCUUAUGUUCCUCCACACCUCCGUAACCGGCCACCGUCUUCUGAUCCUUCUGGACCUGCAUUCAAUGGCUCUUCCGUCGGUAAUGAUCGACCAAAUUAUGAUGCUGCUUUAGGUGGAAAUCGUUGGGGCGGUCCAAGGUCUGAUCUGGGACGGCCUGGCUAUGGUGGUGGCGGACGACUUGGUGGUGGUGGUGGUGGUUGGAACAACAAUCGUGGUGGAUGGGAUCGUGGAAGGGAACGGGAGGUAAACCCUUUUGGAGAUGAUGCUGACGUUGAUGCAGAGCCAGCAUUUGUUGAGCAGGAGAACACUGGCAUUAACUUUGAUGCCUAUGAAGAUAUUCCGGUGGAGACCAGUGGGGAUAAUGUGCCACCACCCGUGAAUACUUUUGCAGAGAUUGACCUGGGUGAAGCUCUAAAUCAUAACAUACGGAGGUGCAAAUAUGUGAAGCCAACACCUGUGCAGCGACAUGCCAUUCCAAUUUCCCUUGGAGGGAGGGAUUUGAUGGCAUGUGCGCAGACGGGGUCUGGUAAGACAGCUGCUUUCUGCUUCCCAAUUAUCAGCGGAAUUAUGAAUGGACAGUUUUCCCAGAGACCUCGUGGAGCACGUACGGUGUACCCUCUUGCUCUUAUUCUCUCACCUACAAGGGAGCUCUCUUGCCAGAUACACGAGGAAGCUAGAAAAUUUUCCUAUCAAACUGGCGUCAGGGUGGUUGUUGCUUAUGGAGGAGCACCUAUUAACCAGCAGCUGCGGGACUUGGAGAGGGGUGUUGAUAUUCUUGUGGCUACUCCUGGACGAUUAGUAGACUUGUUGGAAAGGGCAAGAGUUUCACUGCAGAUGAUCAGGUAUUUGGCUCUUGAUGAGGCUGAUCGGAUGUUAGAUAUGGGUUUUGAACCUCAAAUUAGAAAGAUUGUGGAACAAAUGGACAUGCCUCAACGAGGUGCUAGACAGACGAUGCUCUUCAGUGCCACUUUUCCAAAAGAAAUACAGAGAUUGGCCGCAGAUUUUCUUUCUAAUUAUAUUUUUCUAGCUGUUGGAAGGGUUGGUUCAAGUACUGAUUUGAUUGUCCAAAGAGUUGAAUUUGUUCUCGAGUCUGACAAGAGGAGUCACCUCAUGGACCUUCUUCAUGCACAGAGGGCUAAUGGAACUCACGGCAAGCAAUCUCUGACUUUAGUUUUUGUGGAAACAAAGAAGGGAGCUGAUUCGUUGGAAAAUUGGUUAUGUAUAAAUGGUUUCCCUGCAACUACUAUUCAUGGUGAUAGAACACAACAGGAAAGAGAACAAGCAUUGAGAUCAUUCAAGAGUGGUGCAACCCCAAUUUUGGUGGCAACUGAUGUGGCAGCACGUGGUCUUGAUAUUCCUCAUGUUGCACACGUAGUCAACUUUGAUCUUCCCAAUGACAUUGAUGACUAUGUCCAUCGGAUAGGACGGACAGGACGUGCUGGCAAGACAGGGCUAGCCACUGCCUUCUUCAAUGAAAACAAUGCCUCAAUGGCCAAGGCAUUGGCAGAUCUUAUGCAGGAAUCGAACCAAGAAGUACCAGCUUGGCUCAAUCGUUAUGCGGCCCGUACUUCGUAUGGUGGAGGUGGUAGGAAUCGCCGUUCUGGCGGAGGUCGUUUUGGUGGCCGUGAUUUCCGGAGAGAUGCAUCGUUCAAUAGAGGUGGGGGUAGUGCAGAUUACUAUGGUGGAGGCAACAGUAGCGGCGGAUAUGGGGCUUCCCCUGGAGGUGGUUAUGGGGGUGGGGGUGGGGGUGGGGGUGGGGGUGGUGGAUACACUAGUGCAUGGGACUAGACAUCCCUAGUAUUUAAAGGGACUCUUUUCUUCCCCAGAAUGGUGCAUACAUCUUUUUCUUAGUUUAUAGGUUUACAAGGUAUAAUUCUUUU